AGUAAUAUCGGGGAAGCCCGUUUUAAAAAUUUUACUUCCGAAAAGAGGAGAGUCUCAUCCAUCAGCUGUGUGAUACAACAUCGAUGACUUCCGUUUUGAGUUUUUAACAUUGUAUACGUUCGAGGAAGGAGAAUGUUGGACGCAAGGACUUUUAUCGUAUUGAAUACAGUUAUAAUAGAAUGGAUACUACAUUGUUCUGGAAUGACUGUCACGAACUCGUAUGAUUUUAACAUGACCACGGACGUUACACCGGAAAUUAAUUCCACUGGGGGUAUUGCAUCAACGCAAUCUGCACUAAUGUCAGAAAACACAACGAUUUCAACGAACGAUGUCAAUAUAACGGAAUCGGAAAUGACUUCUGAUACUUCCGGUAUCUUAUCGACACAGCCCGCACUAAUGUCCGAAAACAUAACGAUUGUCAGUUCAACCGGAUAUCCAACGAAACCGGAAAUGAACAAUGAUACUUCCGGCAGCGAUUUGAAAUUGUCCACCUACAUGGACGCAAGUUCUUCCACAAGACAAGUUAAGACUAUCAGUUAUGAAUAUACGACUCGCAAAACAGUCACUGAACAAAUGACUGAUAAAUCUACGAAUGUGGUCCUUACCACUCAGAUGUUAAAAUUCAUGACGUCAUCAAAAAUGACUAAGCCCGUCACUAUAAAAUCCGUGACGUCAUCAAAAAUGACUAAGCCCGUCACUACAAGAGGAACUUCCAAAAUGAUGGAACACACUACCACGGAUGGUUCUGGUGGCGUAAUGAAACAUACUCAAGUCACAACAACAAUUGUGGUAUCAGUUAUUCUAGUCGUAUGCUUCAUCGUGGUGUCAGCCAUUAUUGUGAUUUGCAUUCUAAGAAGAUUGAAAUCAAAGAGUAACAAAUCACGUCUAACAACGCCCGGGACUACGCCCAUCGUACAAUCUCCUCACGUGCAACUGGAUUUCGAAAAUCUAAACGAUGCCUCAACGCCCGGGGAAUUUCUACUGGACAAAUCCAUGAUUGACCUCGAGGCUCCUCCCACUGAAAACGAGGCUGUGGAAGCCGUGACGUUACUGGAAAAUGCCGUUGGAGAUUACGGUUCAAAGGAAAUAACCACCUUUCAUUCAAACAAAGAGAAUAACGAGGUAAAUUCUGCGGAGGCUCGAAAUUCUGUAAAUGAAACAGACACGCCAGAUGCUUCUCAGGUAAACUCCGCUCAACCCGAUGAAAGGAAAAACCCGGAUUCUGUGAACACGAAUGAAGAAAAUAAGGAUGAUAAGAAUACUUCCCUAGAAAACAAAAGUCCGCUCGAGGGUGAGAUCGACAAAGAGGAUUCUGAGAACUUGCCUUUGUUUGGAAACGCAGCGAAUGAUCCGAAGGAACAGAUUCCAUUGUCAGCGCCAACAGUUACACCGGAUGCCGAGAAUCCGAAUCCGUCACCACAGGAAAAUACAAGAAUAUCGAGAGUAACAGAGCUUUGAAUGAAGACAUGAAACUGAAAUAGAUACUUAACGUGAGAUGACACGAACCUUUAUGAUCUGAGUAAAUAACUCCACUCACAUCAAGCAAUAUUACACACAGAUAUAGCAACAUGCGUGCCAAAAAUACGUUCGCCUAAGUUACUCGAAGACCAUUUGAAAAGAAAAUCGAAUUGAAGGUCGUGAAAGGAUUGCCCAAGUUAUGUUUGUGAGUGAGCGCAUAGUGGAUUUCAUAUCGUAAUUUUGUUAAUUGUACUGUGAAGGCAAACUGAACAGGACUUGUGCUUUGGGUGAUGUUUCUACAAUGUAAUGACAGAGAUAAUUCGAAAUGAUUUUGUCAUUAUCAACGGAAAUGGGUGAGAAAACUUCCGUCUCUACAGAUCUGUAUUUACAUCUGAAUGCCACUAUCAUAUCUGCAUAUCUUUGAUAGCAUGUACAGCUAUAAGUGUAAUGCAUUUAGACCUUCUAAAUGUUUUUCUUUUCUUUUCUACGUGAUGUCGGUGUAUUUUGCGUUGCUGUUCUUCCGUGUGGUGUACAUGUAGCUAUAUGUAUAAUGGGGUUUUUCUUUUUGAGUAUUGUCGGUUAUGUUUGAUAUUGUGUUUAUAUGUGUAGUUUCACUACGUUUAAUAUCGUUGGGUGUUUUUUCUGUACAGUACCGGUGUGCUUAAUGGGGUUUUUUUUUUUGAGGGGGGGGGGGUACUGUGCGCAUGUUUGAUGUUUUAAUAUAAAGGUAGAAUUAAUGUAAAUACUUUAAGAAAUGCUGAAUUUGUUGCGUUUACAGUCAGCGUUUCAGAUUCGAAUGUGUUUCACGUUGUUUUGAAUUCGAACGUUCACAUCAAAAUCCAUUUUUGUUCUUUGCUCGUGUUCAUAUGUUUGUAUUCAUAUCACAAAAUGUUACAUUUGAUUUAGAAUUCGAAGCACAGUUACAUCGAGGUGUGAAAUAUUGUGGUAUUGACUUGAAAUAUUAAAGUUUAUGAAUAGCAA